UCCGUGCGCUAUUUCUGCCCCAGUCCUUCCACGCCAGCUGCGACGACGUCACGUGUCCGUCGCUGCUCCACGGACACGUGUAGCCGUGCGCCAUCGGUUUCACGAGACCACUUCCACCGCGCACGGUAAAGAAGACGAGGGCAAAUAGUGCUGGAUGUGGCAGCUUCGUUAUUCGUAGCAAGAGCUCACUGGUGAUUAUCUCAUAUUGUAUCAAAGCUGCAUUAACUCUUAGGAUUAGUAUACUGAAAAAAUGGCUUAUGACGAUAUUUUGAAGUACUUGGGAGAGUUUGGACGUUACCAAAAGCGUAUUUAUUUCUUCCUCUGUUUGCCUGCAAUAUUUUGUGUUACACACAAACUAGCAAAUGUUUUCUUACAAGCUAAAACAAAACAUAGGUGCCGCCUUCCUUAUGAAAUGGAUAAUAGUACAUAUGUUAUGGCACCUGAGGUAAUUAAUAUGACAAUUCCAUGGGAUACUGCAGCAAAGACGUGGUCAUCUUGUCAGCGGUUAGAUGCAAAUUUCACCCAAGAAUAUUUUGAUGCUGGAAUACCAACAAAUAACACUGUGGAUUGUGACAGUUGGAUAUAUGACACGACGACUUACAAGAGCAGUGCAGUAAUGGAGUUUAACCUGGUCUGUGAAUAUGCAUGGUUAAGUGCAACUGCUGAUGCACUGUUCAUGGUUGGAGUUCUUCUUGGCUCUAUAAUAUUUGGUGACUUGUCAGACAGAUUUGGGCGGAGACCAAUUUUCUUCCUCUCCCUCGUCCUCCAGGUAAUUGGUGGAAUAGGGGCAGCAGUUCUGCCAAAUUAUUCAUCAUUUGUUGCAGCUAGAAUGUUGAUUGGUGCUACUACUUCUGGGGUGUUUUUAGUAGCCUAUGUUAUAGCAAUGGAAAUGGUUGGUCCAAGCAAAAGAAUGGUUGCUGGUGUAUUGUGCCAAGUAUUUGGUACAAUUGGUUACUUGCUGACUGCAUUCUUUGCUUACUUUAUAAAAGAAUGGAGAAUUUUGCAGAUAGCAUUUUCUGUUCCUGGAGUGCUUUUCCUAUCCUACUGGUGGUUCAUACCAGAAUCAGUAAGAUGGUUACUCACAAAAGGCAAAACUGAUGAAGCCAAGCACUUGAUUCUCAAGGUAGCCAAGGAGAAUAAAGCAGAUGUUCCAGAUGAUGUGCUGGACAAACUACUAGAAGAAGAGAGAAUUCAGGCACGGACUGCAGCUGCUGUUCAAAAGCCAUCUCUGCUGGAUCUAAUGAGGAACAGCAAUUUAAGGAAGAAAUCAUUAAAUAUAUUUUUCCAGUGGUUUGUCAUAAGUGGCACGUAUUAUGGUUUGUCAUGGAACACAUCAAAUCUUGGAGGAAAUGAUUAUCUCAAUUUUUUCAUAGCAGGAGCAGUAGAAUUUCCAGCAAAUAUUAUUUUACUGUGUACCCUGAAUAGAUGGGGUCGUAAAACAUUGAUGUGUGGAACAAUGCUUCUAGCUGGUGCUGCUCUCCUUUUAACACUUUUUGUGCCUUAUAAUAUGACAUGGCUGAUAAUCACAUUUGCCAUGAUUGGAAAGCUUGGUAUAACAGCAGCAUAUGGUACAUUGUACAUAUUCUCAGCAGAACAGUUUCCAACUGUUAUUCGUAAUGUUGCUCUUGGUGCUAGCUCAACAUGUGCUAGAGUGGGAGGCAUACUUGCACCAUAUGUUAAUCUUUUGGCUGAAUACUGGCAGCCACUACCUUUGCUGAUAUUUGGUGCUCUAUCUUUGGCAGCAGGAGUUACUGCACUUUUACUUCCAGAAACAAUGAAUCAGAAAUUACCAGACACUAUAGCAGAAGGAGAAAAUUUUGGAAAGGUAACUGAUGAUAAACAAGACAUUAAUGGUGAUGUCCUUUUGGAGACCAAGGACACCGAGAAAUGAAAGACAUGAAAAUUUGUGAAUUAUAUGCACUGAUGGACAUUGUAU